UGGAAAGUCUGACUCCCUUCUUUUCCAUGUUCUUCUUUGCUCCAGGCUCCAGAGAGUCCAGCUAAGAAUCUGUGGACACCAUCAGAUGUCCCAGGGAUGGUGUGGAUGUGACUGAUAAAUCAGGAAUCCUGGCUCCCAAAGACAGAUAUUUAUCUGGACCAUUCCAGGGCCCUAGAGAUCCAAAACAUCUGGGAGAAUGCAGGCAGCCCAUGGAAAACGGCAGCCACCAAAGCGCUGAGGGGAGCCCCUCAAGGCGUGGCUGUGUGGACCCCAAGCCCUUCUCCAUGAUGUCCUGUAAUGGCACAUCCAUUGAGACUUUUGAAUACCUGCUGCUGAAUGGCAACAACGUGUCGGACUCUGGGGCAACCCUGCCCGCUGCUCCCCUGCGGGUGUGCUUGGCAGUAAUCAUGAUGCUGAUGAUUGCGGUCGGGUUCCUUGGCAAUUCUGUUGUCUGCAUCAUCGUGUAUCAGAGGCCGGCCAUGCGUUCAGCCAUCAACCUGUUGCUGGCCACACUGGCCUUCUCUGACAUCAUGCUGUCCUUAUGCUGCAUGCCCUUCACUGCUGUCACCCUGAUCACCGUCCACUGGCACUUUGGGGAUUAUUUUUGCCGGCUCUCAGCCACACUCUACUGGUUUUUUGUUCUGGAGGGUGUGGCCAUCCUGCUCAUCAUCAGCGUGGACCGCUUCCUCAUCAUUGUCCAACGCCAGGACAAGCUGAACCCUCGGAGGGCCAAAGUGAUCAUCGCUGUGUCCUGGGUGCUGUCCUUCUGUGUCUCGUCUCCCUUGCUGGCCAGCUGGACCAUUGUGGAGGUACCAGCACGAGCCCCCCAGUGUGUGCUGGGUUACACAGAGUUCCCAGCUGCCCGUGCCUAUGUGGUAACGCUGGUGGUGGCCGUGUUCUUUGUGCCCUUCAGCAUCAUGCUGUGUGCCUACUUGUGCAUCCUGCACACAGUCCGAAAGAACACCAUCCGUGUCCACAACGAGUCUGACAGCCUGGACCUGAGACAGCUCACCAGGGCUGGCCUGAGGCGGCUGCAGAGGCAGCAGCAGGUCAGCCUGGACUUGAGUUUCAAAACCAAGGCCUUUACCACCAUCCUCAUCCUCUUCGUGGGCUUCUCACUGUGUUGGCUGCCUCACUCAGUCUACAGCCUUCUGUCCGUGUUCAGCAGGAGGUUCUACUGCAGCUCCUCUUUCUAUAUCACCAGCUCCUGUGUCCUGUGGCUCAGCUAUACCAAGUCUGUCUUCAAUCCUAUUGUGUACUGCUGGAGGAUCAAAAAAUUCCGUGAGGCCUGCAUAGAGUUGCUGCCCCAGACUUUCCAAAUACUCCCCAGAGUGCCUGAGAGGAUCCGAAGGAAAAUCCAGCCAAGCACCAUCUAUACGUGCAACGAAAACCAGUCUGCUGUGUAGGGAGAGGCAGGCAAACUGGAGGAAGCACACAGGGGCUGGGCCAGGUCCUGUCUGCCCUUCUGCUCUGCUUCCUGGCACUUGAGUCCUAGUUGGCAUUUUGUGGUGGCCAUUUAAGCACAAAGGUAUUCAUUUGUGACCAGGUGAGCUACAGCUCCCAUGUUUGUAAGAUGAGUUAUUUCUGUUUCUUGCUGCCAGAGAACAGGGCAUAUGUCUGAUGGAGACUGGAAAGUAGUUAAGACACUGGAAAUGGGGGAGUGCAGGAGAUGGGCAGAAAGUUAGGGAAAAGGAGGGGAGCAGGGAGUGAGGUUGGUUGAGUGUGGGGCAGGAGGAAGGCUCUGCUCAAGAGAAACCCCGUGGUGCCAUAUUCUGAGAUGAGCAACCCAAGUAGGUAUCAUCUCACUGGUUAACAUUUACUUUAUUUGACGCCAGCAUUCUUCAGCAGCAUUUAUGUCUGUAGGGCAGGGAGAUGUGCAUGUUCUUGAUGCUCAGAUGUGCAUUUGUGACCAUACCAAAUCAUCCUUUCUAUGAACCAAAAUCACUCUGGGGAGAAAAGUGAGGCCCUGUGCUUCUCAGUUCCCAGUAUGACACGUGGGAGGGAUGGUUCAGGGACAGCUCAGCUGAGAUGAGACGCCCACCUCAGUGCCAUGUAUGCACCCCACCCCUCCUCCCUGCAUAGCCCGCCCCCUCCCUGCACCUGGAAGCCCUUUGUCCUCCCUAUCUGCCACGAUAGUCCUUCUGCCCCUUUUUUUCCCUUGCUGGUCCCCAUGCCUCUCUUUGUCUUCAUUCCAUCCCUCCCAGUGACAGAAAAAACACAGUCAUCUUGUAAUUCAUCUUUUCAGCAAGUAUUUGUAGUUUUCUGUCUCAGAAGUGGUCAGCGGGCUUUGUUUACACUGUUCUUCUCGACACUGAGGCUGUAGCCUCUGUGAGCUGCCAUAGCCACUUUGGCACUGGAACUGCUGGCAGGGGCAUGCUAGACACCCACCCUGUUGGCAGACCCCAUGCAACUUUGUGCUCCUCCUACCUCAUUCUGAUACUGUCCCCUGGGUCCCCACCCAGGGUCUUAGUCCUCUGAGCCCUGGCAGGACUGAGAUCCUAGAAAUGAGGCCGCUGAGAAGUGACUUUUCUGCUUGUGCUGUACCCUCAGCCACUAUGCCAAGGGCCACCCAUUACCAAUGGGAGCUUCUGAUAUGGGGUUAACUUUCCUGAGUUCACGAUACACCACUAAGUCCAUGAAGCUCUCUUGACAGAUUCAGCUCUAAAGAGAGUGUGAAAUUUAAGAAGAAAUUCAGAAAAUCUGAUUCCAAGUCUAACUCUAACAUGAACUACUUGUGACCUUCUUCAUUUUAACUAACUUCUCUGGGCCUCAGUUUCCCCAUUUACCAGAUGAGGAAGCAGGUCUAGAUGAUCUCCAAUGUCCCUUUCAUCUCCCAAACACUCUGAUUCUGAAAGGUAUAUCUCAUCUACAUGUAGUCACUAGACCCUCUAAAUUCAUUGAUUGGUCCAAGCAAUGAGCCUUUAUUGAGUGCCUACCAGAUGCAAAGCACUGUGUGACAAAUAGUGAUGAAUAAGGCACAGGCUGUGCCCAAAAGCAGUUGUCCAAUUUAGCUCAAGAUAAUAACUCAAAUUUGGCCUAAAAACACAUAUACUCCCUUUUGGUGUCUCUUCUCAUUUCCUUUCUAAGGUUGUAUUAAGAUACCAGCUCCCAUUCUCACACUCACUUACUGUAGCAUUGGUGACAGAAGCAGGAAAGAGCAGGAAUUACAGAGAACAUGACUCAUGUUAACUAAGCCCAGAGGAGGAGGAUUUGCUGAGAAAAUAAUUGAUACCAUUUCUCAGUAACUUUGCUCUCCUUUUAUACCUGGGUGCAGAGAAAAAGAAAAUGGAUAAUUGGUGUGUGAUUGACUAAGAUGGGCCCAUCAAUUCUGUGUCCCAAGUGCCCUAGCAAGGUCAGAGUUUGUCUUCAGCUCUCACGAGGCAGUUGUACAGCCUUCCUGGUGUCCAAGAGCACAGCCAGACCACCAAGGAGACCAGGCUAGUGGGCAUCUCUCCUUUGGUGGGCAUUUAAUAAAAUGCUCCUCCAGAGCCUUCAGUAAGAGAAAUCACAAAACCAAAUGAAUGAAGGUAACAAAACUUACAUCAAUCAGUAUUAUAUGAUGUAUGUUGGACAGUAAUAUAUGUUUCAAAGUAAUAAUUUGGUAUACAUUUUAAAUAAAGUAUUAUUGCUCUUUCUGUGUAUAAGACUCUUCUCUUGCUAAAAUUAGCACAAAGACCAUGAAUAGUGAGCCAAAAAUUUGGAGUCCAACAUCUAAGACACAACAACUUCAGGAAAUCUAGAACCUGCCCAUUACUAACCAAGCUGGAAUGACUAAAGAUGGACAUUGAUGAUAAGAAGACAACCAGGAGAUUAUUGGAGCAAUGGGUCAGUACUGGGGUGCCCACAUUUUUUAAAAAGUCAUGGCCCUGCUAAGAAACUGCAGCCAAUUAGUCUUCAGCCUGAUUUUCAGUGUGUUACCUUCAGAAUUCUCUCUGGCCUCACUGAACCUUUCACAAACUACUUUCCCAAGAACACCAAGUUCUUGUUUCCUUCUGUGAGGCUUGUAGGGCAGCCACUGCUUCUUUGUUUUUUUGUUUUUAUCUCUUCUUUAGUCCUGGAAUCACCUAAACCUUGGACACCUAAAUUGUUUUGUUGGGCCUUGGGAAGGGGCCACAGUAAUAACUAUCCAGGGGGUCAGCCCUCGGGUUCCUUGGGAGAGCCUAGCCUCAGAAAACAAGACAUGAAUGAGUCUCAGAAGUGUCAUCCUAAUUCUGACUACCCCUGAAAAUCCACUGCCUUUUCACCUUGAAACUUGGUCCCUCCUCUCGGGGUGCAAUCAAAGCAAAGGGUCUCUGAGACAUUCUGACAACCAAGAUAAGCAACAAAAAUCUAGAUCUUUUCCUACUUUACUGUUCCAAGACCAGGAUGUGCCUUCCCCAAACAUGAUUCAUAGCACAUACUUUUUUUGCGGGGGACUAAAACCUGCUAGUUAAGAAUUUACAGUGUUGAUCUGCCCCGGUUGCUCAUGCAGUCAGCAGCAGUGACACAUAGAGGACCUGAAGUUUUGGGGUGCCUGGGUUUUUGGGGUGCCAGGGUUUUUUGCUCUUAUGGAAAUGCCCAGGUGAUGAAGCCAAAAGGGCUGCACUCCCCAAACCCAGGGCCACCUUGCCUUCUGUGUGAUUCCAUGCAAGUGAUUUUGUGCCCCAUCUCAUCUCCUAAGUGGUCUAUUCUCUCACUCUUGGCUCAGUGAGGAAUAAAUGAAAUAAUGUAAACAAAGAAUGUAGUCCCACGCCUGGGCUGUGGUAGAGGCUGCAUGUACGGUGGCAAUAAUUAUCACAGCUGUACUGUCAGCCUUUGUCCUUUGUGGAGCAAGGGUAGCAAUUUGUUUCUGAAUGAAACUGGCUGUUCAGUUCCUUUCCUCAUUCUCAUAUAGUCCUAAGAUUUCAGGGUUCAGUUGAUAAGAACACAAAAUCCACUAAAGCCAGGAUUUUGAUUUUAAAGAACAA